AUGGAAGGGAAAAAACCAGCAAGAUCAUUAAGCGAACACCUAGCUCUACCACCUCCACCAUCUCCUGCUGUAGCUGUAGCUAUUAAUGGAAAGAAGAAGAGCAAAUACGUAGCCUUUUGGGCUCUUGAGAAGUUCAUCCCUGAAGGCUUCUCUGAAUUCAAAUUGAUCUAUGUUCGUCCUCCUGUCACUUACAUCCCUACCCCAAUGGGGAAUGCGAUUUCUAUAUCAGAGUUAAGAGCUGAUGUAGUAUCAGCUUACAGACAAGAAGUGGAUUGGAACACAAACGAGAUACUUCGUCCUUACAAGAAAAUGUUUGAUAGGAGAAAGGUGCGAGUAGAGAUUCUGGUGCUGGAAUCAAACGAUCCUGUAGCUGCAAUAGCAGAAGAGAUUGCUGGAACCAGAGUCACCAAACUCGUUAUAGGAAUGUCUCUUCGCGGAUUCUUUUCUAGAAAGAUCGAUAUGUCUUCUAUGAUCGCUACUGCUGUCCCAAGAUUUUGUACAGUCUAUGUAGUCUCAAAGGGGAAGCUAGCAUCCGUGCGUCCUUCCGAUUCGGACGCUAGCGGAACGAUAAGGUUCGAGAGAAUGGAGAGAGACAGUUCCACGAGUGGCUCCACUGAUAGUCCUAGUCCUAGAGUCCCCUCUGAUUUCCAAGACUUUCACUCGUUUGUUUCGGAAGCGCAAUCACGAGUCUCUCUUGUUUCCACUGCCUCAAAACAUUCGGAGAUGAGCAGCAAUGGCAGCGCGGUGGUUCAAAUGGAUAUGAGUUCUUGCGGGACGGACAUGUCGGAAACGUCCACAGCGAGAGCGAUGCAGAUUGUACCAAGGGGUGGUAGUGAAGAGAAGAAGAGUAACACUAGCAAUGAGAGCUUUAGUGCAUCGUUUCCAAUGGGAGCGGAGGCGUAUCACGCGAUGAACUUUGCUUCUAAAUGGAGAGAUCAUGAGGAAAGGAGAUCGAUCAUGAGCUCGUCAUCGAGCAACAAUCAUGAGGCAGCAAAUAUGGAUUGGGGAGCAGUUGUGCCUGAAAACUAUUCUUGGGUUUCUCAUCAAGCUUCUAACAACAUGUCUGAGGGCCUCCUCAGUGUCCAUUCCGCGACCGAUAAUAAUCAGGUGAAUCUAACAUUUGAGAUAGAGAAGCUGAGAGCCGAGCUGAAACAUGUUCAGGAGAUGUAUGCUAUGGCUCAAACCGAGACUGUUGAUGCCUCUCAGAAGCUAACUGAGCUAAACCAGCGAAAAUAUGAGGAGUCAGAGAAGCUUAUGGAGCUGAAAGAAAAGGAAGAAGAAGCUAAAGAUUCAGCUUCAAAGGAGAAACAGAGGUAUGAAGAGACGAUGAAAGAGGCAGAGAAGGUUAAAGAACUCAUGAUGAAAGAGGCUUUACGUAGAAGAGAAGCUGAGAUCAAAGCAGAACGUGAUGCUAAAGAGAAAGAUAAGCUCCAGGCUUCUCUCAUCUCUCCAGGGCUCCAAUACCAACACUACUCCUGGGAGGAGAUAACAGCCGCGACUUCAAACUUCUCUGAAGACCUUAAGAUCGGAAUGGGAGCAUAUGGAACCGUUUACAAAUGCACUCUGCAUCAUACGACCGGUGCUGUCAAGGUUCUUCAUGCAGGAGAAACUCAGCUCUCUAAACAGUUUGAUCAAGAGCUUGAGAUCUUGAGCAAGAUCAGACAUCCUCAUCUUGUCCUCCUCCUCGGGGCAUGUCCCGAACGAGGCUGCUUGGUUUAUGAGUACAUGGACAAUGGAAGCUUAGAUGACCGUUUAAUGCAAGUCAACGACACACCUGCUAUCCCUUGGUUCGAACGUUUCAGGAUAGCUUUAGAAGUCGCUUCAGCUCUAGUCUUCCUCCACAAGUCCAAGCCUAGACCAAUCAUUCACCGUGACCUCAAACCAGGAAACAUCUUGCUUGACCACAACUUCGUCAGCAAACUAGGCGACGUUGGUCUCUCCACGAUGGUUAACCAAGACGACGCUGCUUCUAAACUAACCGUUUUCAAGAAAACAAGUCCCGUGGGAACGUUAUGUUACAUCGACCCUGAGUAUCAACGGACAGGGAUCAUCUCACCUAAGUCCGAUGUGUAUUCACUAGGGAUUGUGAUUCUGCAGCUGAUAACAGCCAAACCAGCCAUAGCUAUUACUCAUAUGGUUGAAGAAGCUAUUGGAGACGAUGCUGAGUUUAUGGCAUUGUUGGAUGUGAAAGCUGGAACGUGGCCUAUUAGUGAGACUCGUGAGUUAGCUGCUUUGGGACUGUGUUGUACGGAAAUGAGACGCAGAGACAGACCAGACCUAAAAGAUCAGAUCAUCCCUACUUUGGAACGGCUUUGGAAAGUCGUUGAAAAGGCUCAAAACUCUGUCGGGAGAACACCGUCUGGUCCUCCAUCUCAUUUCAUUUGUCCACUUCUCAAGGGAGUGAUGAACGAGCCAUGCGUGGCAGCAGAUGGGUACACAUAUGAUCGUGAAGCCAUACUGGACUGGCUGAGAGAAAAUGACACGUCCCCGGUGACAAACCUACCCUUGCCUAACAAGAACCUUCUUGCUAAUUACACUCUCUACUCAGCAAUCAUGGAGUGGAAAUCCAAUAAACAAUAAUGAGAGA